AUGACGGAUACAGCUACAACGUCCGGGAAUGCGACAGGCGCACCCAUCGCGCCAGUUGCCAUAUUCAAGAAGCGUGGCGAAAAGGGCAGAGCAAACCUGCGGAAACGCCCUGCAACACCACCCCCGGCAAAUGACAGCGACGAUUCCGAUUUCUUUUCCUCCGAGGACGAGUCGGGCCAGAGGAUCAAGCGCAGAAAGAAGAAUCCGGCCACUCUGGUUGCUUCCUCCAAAGACAAUGCCGCCACGCGCGAGAAGGACGAGGUGCUGCCGAGCACCGUCUUCGAAGCCGACCGCAACGUCUCGCUCGACACAGCCAAACGCGACGCCACCAAGCAGAGCAACUGGUUUGACGUAGAAGCCACUGGCGACGACGACGACCUCUCGUCACGGAACCUCCUCGGCUCAACCCGCGCAAUGCCAUCCUCAUCCAAGGGUUCCAAGACCAAGACGGAACAACAAUAUCAAGAAGACGAAAGCCUGCCAGACGGCACGUACAGGGGCCUGGCCAACCAGACGAGCUACAUCCGGCGCAACCCGGACGCGCGCGCCGUGGGGCCCGUCAAGGCGCCGCCGAGCCACAUCCGCACCAUCACCAUCACCGACAUGGCGCCAGACGUGUGCAAGGACUACAAGCAGACCGGGUUCUGCGGGUUCGGCGACUCGUGCAAGUUCCUGCAUGCGCGCGAGGAUUAUGCGCACGGCUGGCAGCUCGAUCGCGAGUGGGAGAAGGUCACCAAGGGGAAGAAGGUGUUGGGUGGCACGGUGGUGGCCAGCGCCGAGCGGAAGGCAGCAAGGAGGGAUGGGGGGAAUAAGGAUGGGGAGGAUGAUGAUGAGGAGAACGAGGAGGCUAUGUUGGAUAACAUUCCGUUUGCAUGUAUCAUAUGCAAGGGGCCCUACAAGUCCCCCAUCGUGACGCGCUGCGGGCAUUACUUCUGCGAGGCGUGCGCGUUGAAGCGGUAUAGAAAGGACCCCGGCUGCGCGGCGUGCGGGGCGGGUACGAAUGGUGUAUUCAAUGCGGCCAAGAGACUGCAGAAGCUGCUGGAUAAGAAGAGGGAGAGGGCGGCAAGGAAACGGCAGGAGGCUAUAGAGGCCGGUGAAGAGGUCAGUGAGGAGGAGGAGGAGGAGGAGGAGGAGGAAGAAGGGGGCGGGGAUUAG